AUGAUUCAAUACAAACCUAAAGGUGCUGAAGCACAUUCACCAGCUUCGCAAGAUUAUACAAUGUUUAAUUUCAAUCCUGAUUAUCCAGAACCGACAAAAGUAACUCUAGAAGGUCAAGAUCAUUUUACAAUAAAAUUAAAUACAUCACCAGUUCAUUCACUUGGUGACCAAGUUAAAGUUGAGUUUAAGGUACAACCAAAUUGGUAUUACAAUAGUACACAAUGUGCUAAAUUUAAUACAAUUGUUUUCGAUAAAGAAAAUUGGCAAGAACCACAACAGGUUGACAUGUCUUUUGGCGAUUACGGUUGUUGCAUAUACGCAAUUACUGCAAACGGUGGUGAAUACAAUUGGUAA